AUGCCCUACCGACCGUUUCGCUCGACGUACUACGAUGAGCGCAUGCGGGCGCAACCGGCUCUGCUGCGCGCUCGAGCACCAUAUCUGAUCAAAAACACCAUAACCGGCUUCGUCAUCUGCUCGCUGGUAAUUGGCAUCUACACAUACACCAUCAACGUCAUCUCUCAAGACGAAUUCGACGACGUUAUCGUGCCGGACGAGCCCAUAAAGCGCCCCGCGCAACAGCCGAGCACGACCGAAAGCGUACAGCAAGCAAUGGCCGCAAGGAAGCAGUAG